GCAGCUUGGUGUGGGCCUACUCCAAACUGUGUGUGUUUGUGUGGGUCUCUCUCUCUGUGUGUGUGUGUGUGUGUGUGUGUGUGUGUGUGUGUGUCAGAUGCACUGCAGGCUACUGAGACGGAAUCAGCUUGAGCGAGGCAUUUCUCUUUACCCCGACAAACCUUCAGGGGGCUUUUAGCAUUUGUUCAGUCUGCAGUCUCUGGAAAACAUCUGAUUCAUUUUUUAAGCAGUCCCAGAUGCGGUACAGAGUGCGAGAGUGAGUGUGCACGAGAGCGUCAGUGUGAGUUUGUCAGCGCGUGAGAAUAUCUACUGUCUCAGAGAAGGAAGGGGAGGGAAACCAGAAGCGUGUGGAUUUUUUAAAUAUCACUUUUUUUAGGUAUGAACGCAGCGUGCGUCUCAUACUGCGAUAUGACAUCGAUGGAUUCAUAUUAUAGCACUUCUACUGCGCAGGGUAGGGACCACCAGGCGAACCCGUUCAGGACUUUCCAAAACACUGAAGCCAAAUACAGCCCCACGUUCAUCCCAGGUAAAGGGCAGCCGUACGGAGAGAAGCCCCGGAGUCCUUUCCAGCCGGACUGCCAGUCUUUGGAUGGCGCAGAGGAGGGCGCCUUCAACAAGUCGUACCAGCUCUUCAUGCAGAGAACGACCUGCAAAACUCCGCCGGAGGGGGGCAAGCUGCACCCGGACAGCGGGCUAAACGGGACGCUCCUGCCCUGCUACGGAAAAGACAAUGGUGGUCUGACAGAUUCUGAGUUGCCACAGAGUGUUGACCCGCCUGGGAUGGAAGGAAGCUACCUGAACCUAAAGGUACCAGGUGAAAAGGGGCCAAGCGAUCGACCGGGGUCUGACCUUUCAAGCCCUCUGGAUAAAAGUGAGGCAGAGAGCAACAAAGGCAAGAAGAGGCGCAAUCGCACCACGUUCACCAGCUACCAGCUGGAGGAGCUGGAGAAGGUCUUCCAGAAGACACACUACCCAGAUGUUUACGCCCGUGAGCAGCUGGCACUGAGGACAGACCUGACAGAGGCUCGGGUGCAGGUAUGGUUCCAGAAUCGUAGAGCCAAGUGGAGGAAGAGGGAGCGUUUUGGACAGAUGCAACAGGUCCGGACCCAUUUCACUACUGCUUACGAGCUGCCUCUACUGACUCGACCUGAGAACUACGCACAGAUCCAGAACCCUUCAUGGAUUGGCAGCAGCAGUGGAGCAUCUCCAGUGCCGGGAUGUGUUGUGCCUUGUGACUCCGUUUCUUCCUGCAUGCCGCCACACCCUCAUGGUCCUGGAGGCGUCCCUGACUUCCUGGGAGUGCCCAGUCCAGGCAGCAGCCACAUGGGACAGUCACACAUGGGCAGCCUUUUUGGGGGUCCUGGAAUGGGCGGGGGAAUCAACGGCUAUGAUCUCAAUGUCGAUCCAGACCGUAAGUCGUCCAGCAUAGCUGCGCUGCGCAUGAAGGCGAAGGAACACAGCGCAGCCAUCUCCUGGGCAACAUGAUGUCCCAGCCUAGUUCCACCCUGCCCCCAUAUGGCCCUCCUCUCUGGAGCAGCCAUCAGCAAGUGCGGAGGGGUUGGUAGGGAGUUUUUCUGAGAGCACUAAUGAUAACGCAGGUCAAAUGAACAGGGAGGGACUGUGGAGAUAACAGAGGCCAUUACAGCGGCCAACGCAACCAAGAUAACAGCAGUGACUGUGACAAUCAGCAGAUGCUGAUUGAAGAGAGAGGUUUGCUAGAAGAUGUGUUCCUUUUUUUUGAUUCCUCGAUCUCUCAGGUCUCAUUGAAAUAUGGGGUAGACCCUGACGAACUGGGUAUCACUCAUGAUACAGGCUUCAGUAAAAUAAGCCGUAUAAAAAAAUAGUUUACAGACAGGAAUUCAGUGCCAAACUCAGCUUUAUUAUAAAGUAUUUUAAUUUAAAUUUGAUUCACAUUAUUUACUAUCCUUUUUUACAUACCACAUAUCCUGCCCCACUGGUUUAUUUUUUUUUCUACUUUGUCUCUUAUACUGUAUAAAUAAGAUCAAUUACAUCUCAACAUUCAGUGUUUUAUAUUUUAGAGUAAAAAAAACCAAAACAAGGCCGCUCAUUGAGAGCAAGCUCAGAUGCAAACAAAGUGCCAGGAGUUUCUUUUCGUUCACUUUCCAUCACGAGCUGUACUGUUCCAGCAAACAAUGAUUAGUUAUGAAAGAAACAUUAAUUUCAUCUUGGCCUGCAGUGGGCAGUUCGUGUCCCAGCAAAGGGGGACAGGGGUUGAAUGCAACGAGUGAACAGAGUCUAAUUGAGCAAGAGCAGACAUGGCCUUUGCCAAUUUACUGUUGGAGGAGGACGGCUAUUGGAUUGGCAGCAGUUUCAAACCAACGUGUCAUUUCCUCCCCCAGGGCUGCCUCCACAGGUUCCCCUGCAGGGCUCAGGCCUCAGGUUACAGGAAACUCUGUCUCCACAGGCAGACAAGGAGCAGCAAUGCACAGCAGCAGCCUUCAACACCAACUCGCCGCACCAGCUUCAAUCAGCAACCCACAG